AAAUUAGUCUAGAAAAUAUACAAAAGAAAAAUAAACAUGAAAUUACAAACACAUCCCCGCUUCAAGGGGGGAAGACUCAUCCCUAGCCAGGAUGUGUCUGCUUAGAGAAAAUCAGGAGCGGAGACCAGGGCACUUCUCCCUAUUACGAUGGCUUCCAAUAGUCAUGAUCCUGAUCCUUUUGGGCUGGUCCUAUCACAUCUUCGUCUUUCAGGUUUGCAUUCGUAAAGUGAACAAAUUAAUCUGGAUGAUUCUCCUCCUGUUGGGCUAUCAUUUGUUACUGUUCAUGUUCCUGUGGACUUGGUGGAAAUGCAUUUGUACAUCACCUAUUGCAAUACCCGAAAACUGGCAGAUAUCAGUCGAGGAUGUGGAUAGACUUAGUCGACCCAAUAGUUCCGAGGCUGAAGCAAGGAUAUUGCUUAAUGCCGCCAGGAAUUUGCCCAUUAAUCAGUCCACCAAGGAGGGAACGGUCCGAUAUUGCCGCUACUGUUGGAUCAUUAAGCCGGAUAGGGUUCAUCAUUGUCGCACUUGUCAGAUGUGCGUUCGGAAAAUGGAUCACCAUUGUCCUUGGGUGAAGAACUGCGUCCAUUUUCACAACUUCAAGUACUUUAUGCUCUUCCUGUUCUAUGCCGAACUCUAUUGCUUGUAUCUCUUUGCCGUCCUGAUCUAUGAUUUCUAUUUAAUUUCCCAAUUUCAAUUGGAAAACCUACAUCAGGAUCAUCUGUGGGCCUUGGGUCAGCAUGUGUCCUGCUUCAUUGUCAACCUAUUCACCUUGAUCAUGUUCGGCAUUAGCUAGUCAUAUGGCAAAAAUCGCACUACCAUGGAAUCAGUGCAUUCUCCGUACUUUUUCACUUCCGGCAAGAACAAUAAUGGCUAUAAUUUGGGAUGCUUUAAGAAUUUCCAAGAGGUUUUGGGGAAUAAAUGGUACCUUUGGUUGAUUCCCAUUCAAAGUUCACGCGGCGAUGGCUUAACAUAUCCACUGGCCAUUGAGAGACUGAAGACGGGAAGAGUUCAGGCUGGAAGGACUCUCGAUGGUCCCACUAGAGCUCAGGUUGUCAAGGCUAAUAUGGCAAGAUUGUUUGGUAUUUGUACUGUAAAUGAUAUAGACUAUGCAAGUGAAUAAAUGUUAUUAGCAAAAA